UCGGACUCGACUACGCUAUCGCGGACGGGUGGCGUUCGGGGAGAUCGAGAUGAGAUGAGCUUGCGAUGUGGAGUCGUCCUCCGCCCGUGGUCCGUCCAUGGCUCCCCAGUGAUCCCUUGCCGGACGGGUUUUCCCUCCGUGGUGGCCUUCAACCAUACGCGGCACCGCCUCGUGGGUUCCGACCAGCUGCGGAUUCAGCUGGACCAACUGCGCGUCGAGGCCGAGAUCACCCGCUCAAAAGCAAAUAAUGCACGAUUGAGGCUUAUGCGUCUUACAGAGGCAGCUGAAAAUCUCCAAAAAACAGCUGCUAAAAGCAUCCAAGUCGGUAAGGAAAAUGAAGCAAGGGAAUUGCUAAUACAAAAGAAGAAGUUGUUGCAAGCAUUGGAGAAAUCAAAGAAUCGAAUUGAGGUGCUUGACAAACUUUCAGCAAAGGUUACUGAGGCGAUUUCUCUAAAGGAAACACAACUAAUUGGACAAGUUGCCAUUCCACCUGUAGAUAACCAGUUGGACUCUCACCAACAAAUUCAUUUCAUCAGCCCAAAUGAAGAAACUUAUGAAAAAUCCAGUUCAGGAAGUUCAGAGACCUUGCUCAAGCAUAUGUUUGAACAAAUUGAUCUGAAACUUUGUUCGGUAGAAGCUGACAUAGAUAAUUUCUUAAGCGCCCAAACAGAAGAAAGCAAAGAAGUGCAGGUGAAUGCAAAACUAGAGUUAUGUGAGAUUCUGAAGGAUGUACUCCGCAUCAGAGAAAAAAUUGCUAGCAUGAUGGAGAUCAACACAGAUGAUAUAUGAGCUCUGAGCUCUCAGUUGUUGCCAGCUGAUAUAAGCUGGGAAAUGUUGAUGGGAAAUAGGGAAUCAUGAUAUUUGAUCCAGAGGAGCAGCUCAUGAAUAUCACUCGGGAGUGUCCUCAAGAAUCAGUAGUUCUUGAUCAAAAAAUGCAUUUGACCCAGCCUCUGCUUAAGUUUGCAUCCUCUUUGUUUCCUGCUGUGAGCUGCUGCUUUAUCUCUGCAGAGUCUCAUAACCAUGUUCAUCAUUUUAUGAAUCAAACAAUUAUUGAUCAUCCAUUGUGCAAAAUGUUUGUGCAUAUUGGACAGCAUGCAGAAUAAAGGUAUGAGACCUCUUGUGGAGUUCUAUUGUGACUAGGAGUUUUUCAUUGAAUAUAAGGUCAAUAAUAUAAUAAGAAGGCUGACGGUUUGGAUGAGUUAAAUAUUUUUUUAUUUAUCUCGAUCGUCGGUCGAAAGUUUUCAUGGGCUGGACCGAUCAAAUUAGUUGGUAGAUGAUGUUCUAUUCCAGUAACAAAGUUAGGAAUGUGAUAAUACUGGACACAAUUUUUUACACGAUCUUAAUUCUUAAGCAUAACAAAAUUAAAAUUUUAAAGUAACACUAACACUACUUGAAUAUAUAAAUGUUUUGACACAAAUUGAUCCAUUUAUUAAGAUAAUUUUUUUUAAAAAAAAUAUUAAUAUUUUUAAAAUUUAUAUAAUUUUAUUUUUUAAAAAAAGUUUAAUUUCAUUCUGCACUUGUGAAAUUAUUUUUUCUGAGUUUAAACUCCAGACCUAAUCUUGUGUAGCGCCAGAAGGCCGGCGGUGCACCGGCGAAGGGCAGGAGGGAAGGGGAGGGAAGGGAAGGAGGAGAUGUCACUGCGCCGCGUCACCAUCACGGUCGCAGCCCCACUCCCUCCUCCUCUUCAAACACCGCCUCAACUUCCGAUUCUCUCGAGAUUAAGAGUCGCACCCUGCCGCCGCUGCUAUUCCAACCCCAAACCCUCCCCUCUCCUCCGCCGCCAGUGGAUGCUGUCGUCCCCGUCCGCUCCAAUCCACGCCAUUUCGUUCACCAAACCCUCCACUUCUUCCUUUACCUACUACUCCAACGGGCUCAGCGUCUCCCAUCUUAGAUCCGCGGAGGAAGCUAAACCUUCCUCAUCCUUCUAUUUGAUCCGAGACGACCUCUUGCACCCGUUGGUCAGUGGAAACAAGGCGAGAAAGCUCGACGCCAUUAUUCCGCUCAUCCUGCGCCACGCCGCCACAGACCUCAUUACCUGCGGAGGUGCCCAGAGUGCUCAUACGGCAGCUCUUGCUGUAUGUUGCGCAGAGAGGGGGAUGAGGGCGCACCUAUUGCUCCGAGGUGAACAGCCGGCAGUGCCCACGGGCUACAAUCUGGUGUCUUUGAUGUAUGGGAGUGUGAGUUAUGUCCCAAGAUCAGUAUACGCUAAUAGGAAUGAAAUGCUUAUGAAACAUGCUGAGUUGGUGGCAGGUGAUCAGUUCAUCGUUGGAAGCUCUCUCAUCGCUUGCUAUAGUAACUGGACUUGUUUCUUCUUCUUUUGGAUUAUUUUGUACACAAACAUCCACAUGGCUCCUAGUGUGUCUUGUUGCAAUGCCAGUUCUAUACAUCAAGAAUCAAAUGAUUUAUCCUUUAGUAUUAGAAUAUCAGACCAGAAGAUUGCUUUAGUAGUAGAUGCUGGUACUGGGACAACAGCUGUUGGUUUGGCUCUGGGCAUUGCAUAUUUGGGGCUUCCAUGGAAAGUUGUUGCAGUCAUGCUUGCUGAUACUAAAGAAAAGUACGAGGAAUGUGAAAAAUGCCUUGUAUCUAACUUUAAGAGGGUUUAUGGGUUAGAAUCUCUUGAAGGCGAUGAGGGAAUUGUGCAAUGGGUCGAACGACUCCAUCCAAGAAGGUUUGGGAAGGUACUGGAUGGGGAAAUAGAUUUGUGCAGACAAAUUGCACAGCAAACAGGAGUUCCCUUGGAUCCUAUCUAUACUUUGGCGGCUUGGGAGCAAGCAGUCCUAUUUGCUGAUUCGGAAGAUGAGAAGGAUUCUCUAGUGGUGAUGCUCCACACUGGUGGCACUCUCGGUUUGUUUGGGUUGGCACAAAGGUAUGCUUCUGAUUUCAGCUCUUCAGUACCCAACAGGCAUGCUUUAUAACGAGCCAGAUUAAGGACAUACGUUGUUGGGACUUCCGGUUCUUGAGUUUCUCGAUCCUAAUAGUCUUUCCAUUUCAGUUUGCUAACGAGGGUCGUUGCUUCAUUGAUAUUUACAGAGUUGUACAGCAACUUGAAAAGCACUAGAGCUGCUCUAUCUAAUUGACAUCUUGAAUACUUUCUUACGAAUACUGCAAAAUUGGCUUGUAAUUGCUUUUGUUAUGACGUUCAUGAAUUAUGUGUUUCUUGAAAUCUUCGAAAUGUUGUACAGUAGUUUUAUGAUUU